AUGAUUGAAUAUACACAUACAAUUGAAUUAAUUAAAAAUCGUAUAAAACAACUUGAAAUAAAUCAAUAUAAUAAAUUUAAUUUUGAUAAACAUUUAUUAGAAAUUGAUAUAAAUUCAACAAAUAUAAUUAAUGAUUUUAAUCAACGACAACAAGAAUUAAUACAAUUAAUUAAUGAAGAUCAACAUACAUUUACUAAACUUGAACAACGUUGGCAAUUAAUUAUAAAAACAAUUUUAAAUAAACAACAAGAAAUAAAAGAUAUUAUUAAAUUAUGGUUAUCAUAUCAAAAUUAUUUAGAAAAAAAAAUUUAUGAAAUAAAUCGACGACUUAUAACAUAUUCUGAUAUUAAAACAAAAAUAAUAUUAGAAAAAGAAUGGAAUGAUUUACAAAGAUCAGCUAAUAAAAUUAAUAUUAAUAUUAAACAAAGAUCUGAAAUACUUAUUACGUUAUUGAUUCGUUAUAAUGAACUUGAUCAUGCAUUGGAUGAUGUAAGUAUUUCAAUAAAAUCAAUUCGUACACUUCAACAACAACCAACAGAUGAACUAAAUCAAUUUAUUUUACAAUGUCAAAGUAAAGAUCGUAAACUUACACAACAUCGACAUGAAUUACAACGUUUACGACAAACAAUAACAGAAAUAUCUCCUGAAUUACAUCCUGAUGAUAUAAAUCAAUUAAUGCAAAAAUUGAAUGUACUUGAAAUUCAAUGGUCUGAUGCUGAACGUAUUAUAAGAACAUUAAUUGAUAAUUUAACAAAAAAA